UGAUUCAGGGUCCUGUGCAUGUUUUUUUUGAUGAACUGUUCAAAGGCAGCAGAGAGAAGCAAGUUCAGCGUCCACCUUUGUGUCUGCAAGCAGCAACUCCAUCAUGGAGCCUCAAAACUCCAGCAGUGGAGGAGAAACCCCUGAGCUAAAGGAACAGAGAGCAGCUUCUCCCAUGCCCUGCUUCAUGUCUAUGAGCAGCAAUUCUACGAAGAAGCCUCAUAAAUCUGGCAGUGGAGGAGAAACUUCUGAACCAGAGGAGCAGAGAGUAGCAUCUCCAAUGUCCAGCAGUGGGUCGAUAAGCAGCAACUCUGUGAUGGAGCAUCAAAACUCCAACAGUGGAGGAGAAACGUCUGAACGAGACCCUCCCAAAAAGACAGAAAGCAGUUCAAAGGAAAAGCUGGAGCUUAUAUUCAAGGAGGUGGAGCAUAAACUCAUCUCUCUAGUGACAAAUGAACUAAAGAGCUUUAAGGAUCUAUUGAGUCAAGAUUUUCAAGGAAGAUCUGAAAGAGGGGUGGAGGAUGAGGAAUAUAAAAGUAUCAGGAAAGGAGUGCUGAAGAGUACUCUGCACAUUCUACAGAACAUGAACCAGACAGACCUUGCUAACGCACUAGCAAGCACACUUGCACCUUCUUGCCAUCAAAAGCUUAAACUCAAACUAAGGGACAAAUUUCAGACAAUAAAUGAAGGAAUUUCAACUCAUGAACCCUCAACACUUCUAAAUGAGAUCUAUACAGAGCUCUACAUAACAGAUUGUGGGAGUAAGGCAAUCAGUGAAAAACAUGAGCUGAAACAGAUUGUAUUCAAGAAAGAAGCAAAGCAGGAGCAACUCAUCAAAUGCAGUGAUAUCUUUAAGUUGUGUUCAGAACAAGAGAAGCCCAUCAGAACUGUACUGACCCAAGGCAUUACUGGAAUUGGAAAAACAGUCUCUGUGCAGAAGUUUAUUCUGGAUUGGGCUGAAGGAAAAGUACAUCAAGACAUCUUCAUGUUUCCACUUCCUUUCAGAGAACUGAAUUUGCUAAAGAAUGAAAAGCUCAAUCUCAUUAGUCUUCUUCAUUGCUUCUUCCCUGAAACACAGGAAUUAAAACCAAGACAUUUUAGACAAUACAAAAUCAUGUUCAUAUUUGAUGGUCUGGAUGAGUGUCGGCUACCUCUAAAUUUCCAGAGCAAUGAUAGCUUGGAGGAUAUAGAAAAGCCAUCCUCUGUAGAUAUGCUGCUCACCAAUCUCAUCAAAGGGAAUCUGCUUCCCUCUGCUCUCAUCUGGUUAACAUCUCAACCAGCUGCAGUCAGUCGGGUCCCGCCUGAAUGUGUUGACCGUGUAACAGAGGUGAGAGGCUUCACUGACCUUCAGAAACAGGAGUACUUCAGGAAAAGAAUCAGUGAUCCGGGCCUGGCCAGUAAAAUGAUCAAACACGUGAGGUCAUCAGGAAUCCUCUGCAUCAUGUGUCAUAUACCAGUAUUCUGUUGGAUCAUAGCCACUGUUUUAGAGAGAAUGUUGGGUAGAGAAGAGAGUGGAGAGAUGCCUCAAACCCUGACUCAGGUGUUCACACAUUACCUGAUCUUUCAAUUCAAACGUAAGAGCCAAAAGCACAGCCAAACCAGUCACGCUCAUCAGACAAGAGAAAGUAUUCAAAAACUGGGAAAACUGGCUUUCCACCAGCUAAACAAAGGGAACCUAAUAUAUGAAGAAGAUCUGCAAGAGUGUGGCAUUAGUGUCACAGAAGCAACAGUAUACUCAGGAAUGUGUACACAAAUCUUCAGAGAAGAAUUUUGUCUGUACCAGGAGAAGGUGUUCAGCUUUGUACAUCUGAGCAUUCAGCAGUUCCUUGCAGCUUUAUAUACAUUUCUGUGUUUUGUCAAUGAAAACUAUUUGAAACAGAAAACUGCUGAACUCUUCCUUAACAGUGCAGUGGACAAGGCCUUACAGAGUGAGAAUGGACAUAUGGAUCUUUUUCUUCGUUUUCUUUUGGGUCUCUCACUGGAGUCCAAUCACUCCCUCUUACAAGACCUACUUGCUGAAACAGAAAGCAUCUGUCACAGCAAAGAGCUAACAGUCAAAUACAUCAAAAAGAAGAUUAUACAGAAUGCCUCUCCAGACAAAUCCAUCAAUCUGAUCCACUGUCUCAAUGAACUAAAUGAUCAUUCUCUAGUGCAGGAAGUCCAAAUGUUCUUGCAGAAAAAAAAUAACAGAUAUCUCCGUGGAGUCAAUCUGUCCCCUGCUCAUUGGUCAGCUCUUGCAUUUUUAUUGCUGAACUCAGAAGAAGAGCUGGAUGAGUUUGACCUAAAUACAUAUGAACCAUCAGAGGAUUGUCUUCUGAGACUGUUUCCAGUAGUCAAAGUAUCCAGAAAAGCUAUGCUGUCUUUGUGCAAUCUUGGGGAAAAAACUUGUGAAAAUCUGCAAUCAGCUUUACAAUCACCAAACUCCUCCCUUAAAGAACUGGACCUCAGUAACAAUGACCUGCAGGAUUCAGGAAUAGAGCUGCUUUCUGUUGGUCUGAAGAGCCUGCAUUGUAAAUUGGAGAUACUCAAAUUGUCUGGUUGUAUGGUCACAGAGCAAGGCUGCUCAUCACUGGCUUCAGCUCUGAAAUCAAACCCCUCACACCUGAAAGAGCUAGAUCUUACCUACAACUAUCCAGGGGAGUCAGGAGCAAAGCUGCUUUCUGCUCAGUUGGAGGAUCCACAAUGUAGACUGACCACACUCAGGAUGGAUUAUGCAGGGGAAAUCAGAAUCAAACCUGGGCUAAGAAAGUAUGCCUGUGAGCUCACACUGGAUCCAAACACAGUGCAUGCAAAUCUUUCUCUGUCUGAGGGGAACAGAAAGGUGACAUUUGUGGAACAAAAGCAGUCGUAUCCUGACCACCCAGAGAGAUUUGAUGGUUGGGAGCAGGUGUUGUGCAGAGAGAGUCUGACUGGACGCUGUUACUGGGAGGCUAAAUUGAAUGGAACUGCUGAAAUAGCAGUGUCUUAUAAAGGAAUCAGCAGGAAAGGAGACAGUACUGACAGUGUGUAUGGAUGCAAUGAAAAGUCCUGGAGUCUGUACUGCUCUAAUAACAGCUACUCUGUCGUGCACAAAAAGAAGAGGACUGUCAUACCUGCCCCUGCCUCUUUAUCUAACAGAGUAGGAGUGUAUCUGGACUGUCCCGCCGGCUCUCUGUCCUUCUACAGCAUCUCCGCUGACACUCACAUGCUGACACACUUACAUACAUUCAGCUCCACAUUCACAGAACCUCUUUACGCAGGAUUUUGGGUGUAUUCUAACUCUUCAGUGUAUUUUGUGACACAUGUCUCAGAGUCUUGAGGGAAACAUACACUUGUCACAUAGAAUGAACAGUCUAAGGAGGCUCAUGCUUUGGUACAGAUCAGUGUCCAGUGGCUGGGAAGCAAGUCUGAUAUUUCUGUGCUAAUCAGGUAUAGCCAAAUGCUAAAUACCACUCUGUAAAUACUAGUACUAGAUAAAGUGAGUUGAAUGAAUCACGACUGUUUUAUACACAUAAACCCACACAUACUGUACAUCACAAAAGACAUUGGAGAAAACAAUAAAAUAAAAGUAAGAAUUAUGGUAUUGGGCCUCUUAAAAACUUUACUCAUUGCUAUCCAACAUGCAAAAGCAGUAUUCAUGUUGUUAUAUCAGGGACUCUACCUACUUUUAAAGGUUAUCAGUUGGCUGUUUGUACUGUUGAACAGCACUUGGUUUUUGCCUAUAUGUAAUAAUUGCUGAUCUAC